AUGUUAAAAGUAAAAAAACAUUCUCUAAAGAAAGUACACGUCUCAUGCCACACCUGCAGCAGUACACGUCUCAUGCCACACCUGCAGCAGUACACGUCUCAUGCCACACCUGCAUCAGUACACGUCUCAUGCCACACUUGCAGUAGUACACGUCUCAUGCCACACCUGCAGCAGUACACGUCUCGCAGUGCUACACCUGCAGCAGUACGUUUCAUGCCACACCUACAGCAGUACACGUAUCGUGCCACACCUGCAGCAGUACACGUCUGUGCCACACCUACAGCAAUACACGUCAUGCCACACCAGCAGUACACGUCUCAUGCCACACCUGCAGCAGCACACGCUUCAUGCCACACCUGCAGCAGCACGCCCGCGCCACACCAGCAGCACACGUCUCAUGCCACACCAUCAGCAGUACACGUCUGCCACACCCAGCAGUACACGCCACACCUGCAGCAACACGUCUCAUGCCACACCUACAGCAGUACACGUCUCUAUGCCACACCUGCAGCAGUACACGUCUCAUGCCACACCUGCAGCAGUACACGUCUCAUGCCACACCUGCAGCAGCACACGUUUCAUGCCACACUGCCACCAGCAGUGCACGUCUCAUGCCACACCAGCAGUACACGUCAUGCCACCAUCAGCAGUACACGUCUCAUGCCACACCUCAGCAGUGCCACACCUUCAGCAGUACACGUCUCAUGCCACACCUGCAGCAGUACGUCAUGCCACACCAGCAGUACACGUUGCCACACCAUCAGCAGUAUCAUGCCACCUGAAGCUACACGUCUUAUGCCACUCUUGAAGCAAUACACGUCUUCGCACACACCGCAACCAAGUACACGUCUGUGCCACACCUGA